CCCCACCUAUAUGGUGGUUGUUGCGUGUGGCCAUAACUCAUUCAAUCACUGUGCUGUGCCUAAACCCCCAUGUCUUUGCUUUCCCAUCAGGCUGACACACCUGCAGCAAAUUUGAGAUCCCCACGCCCAAUUACCAGCCUGCUGCAUAAAGCCAGCAAGUCAGUUGCUUGAGGAGAACAGACCCGGCAACACCUUUGUCCCACAGUGCGAGUUGUUAAAUAGCCUUUUCUUUCUGUAAUCUUUGAUCUAGGCCUGGGGAUGGCCGGCGGUCCUACUUUUCCGUUUAGUUCUUAGUUUAUGAUUUGGUUUUGUCAGGCAGGGAGGGGGGCCAGCCUCGACGUCCCUAUAGGGGGUGGCCUGGUCCCCCCUCCAUUUUGCUGAGUUUGUCCGGCAUCUCCAGGUCCCUUUUGGUUUGCAGACUUCUUUAUUUGGUAAAGUAUUCAUACUGCAUUUCAGCUAUGGUUUCAUUUGGUUAAUAAAACCCGUUAAAACAUCUUAUUUCAUGGUGUCCUUCCUUUAUGUUGGGGUCUCCAAUUCGAGCCACUGGGUAUCUUAUUCAGUUAUGUGGAGGCCGUAACAUAAUGGGGGCUCGUCCGAACAUUAUUAUUUUUUCUCUCUUUCCCUAACUUUAAUUGAAUUUUGGUAAAUUUUGUGGGUGUGCACAUUUGGAAUUUUGAAGGUUUGGAUUUAUUUUGUCCACCUUAAUUAAUUAAAUUGAUUAGUCUAUCUUUUGUUUGCAAGAUAUAUCGGUACUUUAUUUCAGUAUUAGUUAUAGGUAAUCUUUACUGAGUUUCUGGUUUGUCAUUUGCGUUGGUAGACCUUAAUUUGGGCACACCCCUUAUUAGGACACCAGUUAGGUAAUGCUGUGUUGGGCAGUGUUUGUCAUUGCUGGUCUGUCUCAUCGGGCGUUGGCUUUUUUGCCUUAUUUGUAUUUGUACAAGCGUUAAGGUGGUGGCUGUUUGCCUUAAAACCUGUAUUGCUUUUGCAAUUUUUGAUGCGCUUGUUUCUUUUUCGCUUUGCGAUAUUUUUUUCAGUACAAAUAACUUAGUGGCCAUAGUUCAGGAUGGAGUUUAUUUUGGAAGAGUUUGUUAAGCAGCCUUCGCUUGAGGUGUUUCAUAAAUGCACUAAAGAUAAUUUGACUUCUAUUGCUGAUCAUUAUAGCAUCAUAGUCUCGAAGACAAAAGCAAAGAAAGCGAUAAAACAUGAAUUAUGGACUGCAUUGUUUGAGGAAGGCAUGUUGCCUGACCCUGGCAUGGCCCUUUCGCCAACAAAACAGGCCUUCCCUGAUCAAAGCAUUAGAAGGUUGGAAUUGGAGUUAGAGCUGCGGCGGCUAGAGUUGCAGGACAAAACUAAUGAGAGGGAGGCGGCAGCCAGGCUUAAAGAGCAGGAGUUCAGGUUUAAACAAAUGGAAUUGGAGGAGCAGACUAAACGAGAAAUACGCUUAAAAGAGCUAGAGCUAAACCUGGCCCCUCCCCCACGACAUGGCAGUGGUGCACAAGCUGAUUUUGACGUUAACAAGUGCAUUCGUAUGAUUCCUCCAUUUAAUGGUAAAGAUGUUGAUAAAUACUUCAUUCUGUUCGAGCGCACGGCUGACACUUUGAAAUGGCCCAAAAAUGUUUGGCCGUUACUUUUGCAAUGUGUGUUUACUGGGAAAGCCCAGGAGGCAUAUACAUCGUUGUCACCAGCUGACAGUCUUGACUAUGACAAAGUCAAGGCUGCCGUGCUUAGAGCAUUUGAAUUGGUGCCUGAAGCCUAUAGGCAAAAGUUUCGCCGGUAUAAGAAGUUAGACGAUCACACCUUUUCUGAGUUUGGUCGGGAGAAAGAGGCUCUGUUUGACCGCUGGUGUCAUGCAUCUAAGGUAGCGGAGUUCGAACAGUUACGUGAGCUCAUCCUGCUAGAAGAGUUUAAGAACUGUUUAUCAGAUAGGCUGGCAACCUAUAUUAAUGAGCAAAAAGCUUUGACACUGGCAGCUGCGACUGUCCUUGCGGAUGAGUAUGUGCUCACCCACAGGGACAGUUUUGAGAGGACUCCUGUGUCGGAGCAUAGUUCUUACUCAUCAUGGCGCAAAUCUAGCUCUUCUCACUCAGACAAUGUUCCAGUAGGAACCUAUGUUCCAUUUAUUAAGCGGGAGGGUGAAGAGAAGCUUGAAAAGUCAGACAGUGGGGAGGGUGUGAAGGAGAGGCCAACUUGCAGUUAUUGUAAGAAAAUAGGUCACACCAUUAACAAAUGCUUUACUCUUAAGAACAAGUCUCAACCACCGAAAUCUGUUGUGUUAAUUAAAAGUGAGCCUUUGAGUUCAGCUUCAACAGAGCCGGUGCGCACUCCUGACCCUGAAUUCCAGCCCUUUUUAAUGAAGGGUUUUGUCUCUUUGACAGAGGGGGACUCUAAGCUACCAGUUAAUAUCAUCAGGGACACUGCGUCCAACCAAUCUGUAAUCUUGGAGCAUGUGUUGCCAUUUUCAGAUAUAUCUGCUGUUGAGUCAGAUGUGCUCGUUAGAGGGUUUGAUAUGCGAGAUGUGGGCCUGCCGCUUCAUAACAUCUAUCUUGAGUCAGAUUUGAUCAAGGGGUGCGUUAAGGUGGGGGUCUGUGCGCAACUCCCAAUCGAGGGGGUGACUCUGCUCUUGGGUAAUGAUUUGGCUGGUGGUAAAAUGCUCAUUAAUCCAGAGGUAAUUGCUGUUCCUCUGCCAGAAAACUCUGACGAUUUGGCAUUGAAAUUUUCCAAAGUGUUUUCUGUCUGUGCCGUGACGCGGGCAAUGGCCGAGCGUCAAAAACUGGAGGCUGAGGUGGAACUGUCCGACAGUUUUCUGGUUGACUGUUCAGUUUCCCCAACCGCCUCUCCAGAGGUCCCUGCCCGUUCCGUUUUGCCUCAACUUGACUCAAAGGUUUGCAUGUCACGUGAGCAGCUAGUUGCCGAUCAAAAGCGGGACGUAUCACUAGCUCCUCUCUUUGAAUGUGUGAUUUCAGGAGAGGCGUUAGAUGAUAUGUCAACAGGGUUUUUCCUAAAAGGUAACAUGCUCAUGCGUAGGUGGACACCUCCAAAGUUAGGUGGCGAUGAUAGUUGGGGGGUGGUGGAACAGAUCGUUAUUCCUCGAACAUAUCGAAGUGAGAUUUUGAAACUAGCACAUGAUAAUCCACUUUCUGGUCACCUAGGAAUUAAUAAGACUUUUGAUCGUAUCUUGCGGUACUCUUUCUGGCCAGGGCUAAAAGGUGACGUGCGUCACCAUUGUAAAACUUGUCAUGUUUGCCAGGUUGCUAAAACCCAAGCCAUCCCUCCAUAUCCACUUUAUCCAAUUCCUGUUAUUGGUGAACCGUUUGAGCGUGUUGCACAGGGCAAAUGAAGAGAUGGUUUGACAAGGGUGCCAGAAGCAGGAGUUUUCGUCCCGGUGAUAAAGUGCUGGUUCUAUUGCCUAUUCCUGGCUCUUCUCUGCAGGCGCGUUAUAGCGGCCCUUACCUAGUCAAGAGGAAGGUGGGCGAUCGAGACUACAUCAUCGACACCCCUGAACGUCGACGGCGUAGUAGGCUGUGUCAUAUUAAUAUGUUGAAGCCUUAUUUUGACAGGGAGUCUCAGUCUGUUUCCACCCCUUCUGAUGGUCCAGAGGUCAGUGGGGCACUGGAGCUGUCCAGUGUGGGAAUUGCUGAUGGUGACAAGGUAACUCUGGCGCUGUCUAGCAACGCCAGUGUUCCUCCCCCUGAAUCUCAGGAUGACCAAGAGGAUAUUGUAGGGAUGUCCAGUGAUGUAUGCUUUCUAAUCUUCAUUGUUGUCUUCCAAAUUUGGUUCAGUCUCUUGUUUUUCUGAACCAGAUGCGGAACACAAACCGAAGGUUAAUGAGGCGGUCAAAAUUCUUGCAGUAUUUCAAUGUGGAGGUCAGGCUGACACACCUGCAGCAAAUUUGAGAUCCCCACGCCCAAUUACCAGCCUGCUGCAUAAAGCCAGCAAGUCAGUUGCUUGAGGAGAACAGACCCGGCAACACCUUUGUCCCACAGUGCGAGUUGUUAAAUAGCCUUUUCUUUCUGUAAUCUUUGAUCUAGGCCUGGGGAUGGCCGGCGGUCCUACUUUUCCGUUUAGUUCUUAGUUUAUGAUUUGGUUUUGUCAGGCAGGGAGGGGGGCCAGCCUCGACGUCCCUAUAGGGGGUGGCCUGGUCCCCCCUCCAUUUUGCUGAGUUUGUCCGGCAUCUCCAGGUCCCUUUUGGUUUGCAGACUUCUUUAUUUGGUAAAGUAUUCAUACUGCAUUUCAGCUAUGGUUUCAUUUGGUUAAUAAAACCCGUUAAAACAUCUUA